UUACGACAAAAUUAGAGUUUUUCAGUAAAUCCACGACAUAUAACUUACCACAAAACACACAUACAUGGUCUAAAACAUGUUUGCAUCCAUUCAUAAAAAUGAAUUCAGGAGUGGUUGAGUUUACGACAUUACCCUAAAUUGUUUCUAUCGAACACUACUACUAAUACUAGACGAAUCCAUCCAAAUUGACCAUAUAUCUAAUAUUUUUGAAUAAUAAAUAAUUUGACAAUUGGUGUAAUUAAGAAACCACAUCCCCAUCCUCAUUCUCAGCCAUAAAUAACUCUUUCACCAUCUCUCCGUCAUUUAAACCCCAGCGUCUUUCUUCCUCAAGAACUUAUAAGUUAUAACUAACAAUGGUGGCAAAGAGAUCUCCAAAGCUAACACAAACCGCAAUGCUGAAGCAAAUCCUCAAGAGAUGUUCGAGCUUGGCCAAGAAUCAAUGCUACGACGAGGAUGGUCUGCCUGUAGACGUACCAAAGGGUCAUUUCGUGGUCUACGUAGGGGAAAAGCGGAGCCGUUACAUUGUACCCAUAUCCUUCUUGACUCAUCCUAAGUUCAAGAGCUUGCUUCAACAGGCAGAGGAAGAGUUCGGAUUCAAGCACGACAUGGGACUCACUAUUCCUUGUGAGGAAGUUGUGUUCCGCUCUCUAACAUCCAUGAUCAGAUGAGAAAAAGAGCGUGCCGCUAUAUAUAUAUAUAUAUAUAUUAAUGUUUUUCGCUACCUUUGGGCUUUGGAUGAAUAAUGUAUUCAAAGGGUUUUUUUCCAAACUAGAAUGACCCUUUUUACGUGGAUUUUAUGUAAAACCUGGGUUUUAGUUUGUUAAUUCUUAAAGUCUAGCCCCUAAAGUUUGUCUUAUCGUUCAAUAGGUUUUAAUUAGUUUUUUUUUGCAAGCUAUAAUAAUUUAAGUGAUGGCUUGCCUAAUAAGAACUAAUCCAUAUUAUUUUAUGGUUUAUAAUCUGUUCAAUGUAAUAAAAUUAUCGAUCAAUUCUCUUUCUACC